AUGGCAUCCCCCCAAACGCUGCUCCUCUGCCUGCUGGUCCUGGCAGUGAUGGAAGGUUGGGGUCGCCAGGCACCCAUCCCAGGCUGCCACCUGCACCCCUUCAAUGUGACAGUACGAAGUGACCGCCAAGGCACCUGCCAGGGCUCCCAUGUGGCACAGGCCUGUGUGGGCCACUGUGAGUCUAGCGCCUUCCCUUCCCGGUACUCCGUGCUGGUGGCCAGUGGCUAUCGACAUAACGUGACCUCCGUCUCUCAGUGCUGUACCAUCAGUGGCCUGAGGAAGGUGAAGGUGCAGCUGCAGUGUGGGGGGGACCGGAGGGAGGAGCUGGAGAUCUUCACGGCCAGGACCUGCCAGUGUGACAUGUGUCGCCUCUCGCGCUACUAGCCCGUUCUCUCCCUUCUU